AGAUCGUCAAAAUUUCACCUUGCCUUUUCUUUCCAUCUCACGAACCUCAUCGCUCGCGACUGUGUGCCUCUGCAUACUUCCUACCUCGGCAAUGACGAUUAGGGUUUUCUUCAUUUUCGCUCUCAUUCUCUUCUCCGCCUCAUCUUUACAAGUUACUAAAUGUGAAUCAGAAGCUGAAGCUGAAGCUGAAGUAGUUGAUGGUACUGAGGAAGUAGGAGAUCUUGGAAUAGUUGGUGAGGAUGUUCAAGACUUUGGCGAUGAAAGUUUAAGUCCAGCUCCUGGAGUUGAUACAGUUUGUGUUUUCCCCAAAAACCCUUCUAAGUUUGUUACAGCUGGGGAGCAGAGCGAACUUUUAGUUGGAAUGAAAAAUGAUGGGGAAUCAAGAGUGAAUGUCUUAGCAAUCCGGGCCACUCUUCAUCUUCCUUAUGAUCAUCGCUAUUUAGUUCAAAAUCUCACUACUCAGGGGUUUAGCAACGCAACAGUUCCUCCUUCUGCCCAAGCAACACUUCCAUAUAUAUUUGGUGUGAGCAAAUUCUUGCAGCCUGGAACAUUUGAUCUUGUUGGAAGCAUUAUUUAUGAAAUAGACCGACAACCUUAUCAAAACACAUUCUACAAUAGCACUAUUGAAGUCACUGAGCCUGGAGGCCUUUUCAGUGUUGAGUCUGUUUUCUUGUUUUGUCUUGGAGUUGCCAUUGUUGCCCUUCUUGGGUUCUGGAUCCGUGAUCGAAUUCAAAAUUUGUCAAAGAAAACCAAGAGGGCUCCGAAGGCAAAGGUUGAAGUUGGAACUGGAACAACAGAUGCCUCGAUGGAUGAAUGGCUGGAGGGAACUGCAUAUGCCCAGUCUCAGUCCAAAUCAAAGAAGAAGUAAAGGAGAAAUGUUUGAGUUAGCUUGUAACGAGCAUAAGUCGUUUGAGGCAAAGCUUCAUAGUUCUCGAUAUUGAGGUAGUUAACAUCCUCCACCGCUGUUGUAGCGCUACUAAGAAACCACCUUACCCAUUUUUUGGUUGGUCUGAAGCUGAGAUAGACAGGAAACACUUUUGUUAAAGACACUUUCAUAUCACACUAUUCCUGUUUAUUAGUUGCUUAUUCCUCGUUUCCUUGAAUGGUUGUUGGUUGGCGUCGGCGACACUUCCGUCUCUUUUCUUCA